CUCAGUCAUCCCCAGCUAGUGAGGAUGCUAAGAUUAACUGAUAGUGCUGGGCCAUCGAAUGCUCAUGCUGCUGCGAUUGAACAUGCCAUGGAAGUGGAUGUGGAUGCUUUGUUUGGUGAGAAUAAAAUGUUUGAUGUCUCCGAUUCAUUAUUCGAGGACCUUGAUCAAACUUUGUUGGCUGAUCCUUCCGAUCCUGGUGCCGCCUUUGGAUCGGAGAUAACUCUGCCCCAGGCGAGGGAUAUCGUUGGCGGGGGUGCAGAUGUUGGUGGCGAUGGUCUUAUGGUGACUCCGAGUGUUGGUGGUGGCACCCCGAGUGUACCAAGCAACUUUGCUAGUGGUUUUCCUUCUGCUCCAGCGGGUCUGUCUGGUGCUUCUUCUUUUACGCCCUGGUUUAGUGGCGGAUCCGAGUCGAUGAAGGUCAUAUGCUCAGAUAGGUAUGCUCAGCUGAGCGAUGACAAGCAAGCGCGUGUCAUGGCGUCUUUGGACAGAUCUGCACACCAACAGCUGGUGCUAUCGGUAUGCGGUAUUUAACUUGUUUCAGUUUCUUAUCAUUGUUGUAUCUUUAGAGCAACAAUUUGAGGAUUGGUAUGUUAGCCGAGGCUCGCGUGGAUAUGAGGAAGGCCAAGGCUACUGAGCAAGAGGUUCAACUACUUCGUACCACAUUGGCAUUGGCGAGGGAUGAAGCAUCAGCCUUUCACCGGGAUAAGAAGGAGUUAGAAGAGGUUUGUAAGAAAAAGGCAGAGUUGGAGCGUCAAUUGGAGGAAGAGAGAGCGGCUAGGCGGGGCCUUGGUCAGGAGCUUAAUGAGUUGGUGAGCACUCAUGAGGAAGAAUUAGUUGAUUCCCAAACGGAGAAUAAUGAGAAGUUGAAUAACCUUCAUGUUGAGUAUAAGGUUCUGAUGACAAAAGCUUGUAAGGCUGCUGCCCUUCGAGAGCGUCAACGAGCCACCGCUGCUACUGCUGCGAACAUCGUGGUCCCUCCCCCGAUUGUCGAGUCCGAGCUUGUGCAGAUUGUCACUGACGUCGAGGAUGAAGGGGACGACGAUCAACGGGCUCCUGAUGGUGAACAGACUUAAUCUUGCUCAUUUUAGCCUCUUUCUCUUAGUUUUUCGUGUUGAACAUAAGUCUUGUAGGUUCAUAUGCACCUUUGUGGAAACAUUUUCGUCUUUAUUGGAAAGUAUUCAGUUGUGGGAGGCAUGACUUUAUUGUUAUUUUGUGGUAAGUCCUCGUAUGUGGGAGGCAUCUUUGAUAUUGUUACUAAUUUCUUUUUGACAGUGACGUUU